AUGGCCUCGACCGAACAACGUCUACCAACCAGGGAACGCCGCCCCUCUACAGCUGCGCCGAUCGUCGAUAUUGUCGGUUCAGUGAGCCCCGCAGGCAUUUCCCGCCCGAAACAUAAGCGGACUUUUACAGGUUUCGGAGCUAGUGAGAUCAAAAGCGUAGAGGCGGCGAUCCCCGAGCCUCAACGCGAAGUAUGGACCAAACAUCAGUUUGAAGGCUUCAAGACAAAAGAGGAGUUCGAAAGGGAGGUCGUUCGCCAUGUCGAAACUACCUUGGCUCGUAGCAUGUUCAACUGCGACGAGUCGGCCGCAUACUCAGCUACCAGUUUAGCGCUCCGUGAUCGCCUAAUUAAAGAAUGGAAUAAAACUCAACAGCGUCAGACCUUCACUGAUAGCAAGCGUGUCUACUAUUUCAGUUUGGAGUUCUUGAUGGGGCGUGCUUUAGACAAUGCGAUACUCAAUGUUGGUGCCAAGAAGACUGCUAAAGAUGGUCUUGAGGAUCUCGGUUUCCGCAUCGAGGAUAUUAUCGGUCAAGAACAUGAUGCUGCGCUGGGUAAUGGUGGAUUGGGUCGACUUGCAGCUUGCUUCCUCGACAGUCUUGCCUCUUUGAACUAUCCCGCCUGGGGUUACGGCUUGAGAUAUCGUUAUGGUAUCUUCAAGCAGGAGAUUAUCGAUGGGUAUCAAGUGGAAGUACCUGAUUACUGGCUCGACUUCAACCCCUGGGAAUUCCCGAGGCAUGAUGUGACUGUCGACAUUCAAUUCUACGGCAACGUCCGCAAAUCUCAAGAUGAGAAUGGAAAGACAGUGGCCCACUGGGAGGGUGGUGAAAUCGUCACUGCCGUCGCUUACGACAUGCCAAUUCCCGGAUACGACACACCUUCUACCAAUAACCUGCGAUUAUGGUCUAGCAAAGCUGCCAGUGGUGAAUUCGACUUCCAGAAGUUCAACAGCGGUGACUAUGAAAGCUCAGUCGCCGACCAGCAGAGAGCUGAGACUAUAAGCGCUGUCUUAUACCCCAAUGAUAACUUAGACCGAGGAAAGGAGUUGCGUCUUAAGCAACAAUAUUUCUGGGUUGCUGCGUCUCUUUAUGAUAUCGUGCGCCGAUUCAAGAAGACGAAGCGCGCCUGGAGUGAAUUCCCUGACCAGGUUGCGAUUCAGCUCAACGACACUCACCCGACGCUAGCUAUUGUAGAGCUUCAGCGCAUUCUAAUAGAUAUUGAAGGCCUAGAAUGGGAUGAUGCAUGGAGGAUAGUCACUGCAACUUUCGGCUACACAAACCACACUGUCUUGCCUGAGGCGCUCGAGAAGUGGCCCGUUGGCUUAGUGCAGCACCUUCUCCCUCGCCACCUUCAAAUCAUCUACGACAUCAACCUCUUCUUCCUACAAUCCGUAGAGAAGAAGUUCCCCAAAGACCACGACAUGUUGCGCCGGGUUUCAAUUAUUGAAGAAUCCCAGCCUAAGAUGGUUCGCAUGGCAUAUCUAGCAGUCGUCGGUUCUCACAAGGUCAAUGGUGUCGCUGAGCUUCACUCCGACCUCAUCCAAACUACCAUCUUCAAGGACUUCGUUACUAUAUUUGGCGCCGACAAGUUCACAAAUGUUACAAAUGGUAUUACGCCACGAAGAUGGCUACACCAAGCGAACCCCAGACUCUCAGAGUUGAUUGCUAGCAAGCUUGGCGGCUACGACUUCUUGAAAGAUCUCACCCUUCUCAACAAAUUGGAAUCAUUCGUCGAUGACAAGGAGUUCCGAAAGGAAUGGGCUGAGAUCAAAUACGCCAACAAGCUGCGCCUUGCGAAGUACAUCAAGAGCACCACAGACAUUACUGUCAACCCGUCAUCACUAUUCGAUGUUCAAGUCAAACGAAUUCACGAGUACAAGCGACAACAACUCAACAUCUUUGGUGUCAUUUACCGAUACCUGAAACUUAAGGAAUUGAGCCCCGAGGAGAGAAAGAAGCAAUUGCCUCGUGUAUCGAUCUUCGGUGGCAAGGCUGCCCCCGGCUACUGGAUGGCUAAGCAGAUUAUUCACCUUAUUAACAGCGUUGGUGCUAUUGUUAACAAGGACCCUGAUAUUGGUGACCUUCUCAAGGUUGUCUUCUUGGAGGAUUACAAUGUUAGCAAGGCUGAAAUGAUUACUCCUGCUUCUGAUCUUAGCGAGCAUAUCUCGACGGCUGGUACCGAGGCUUCCGGAACUAGCAACAUGAAAUUCGUGUUGAACGGUGGGUUGAUCAUCGGAACCUGCGACGGCGCCAACAUCGAAAUAACACGCGAAAUCGGACAAGAAAACAUAUUCCUCUUCGGCAACCUCUCCGAAGACGUUGAAGACCUACGACACGCGCAUACCUACGGCACGCACGCCAUCGACGCCGGACUCAACCAAGUCUUUGACGCCAUCCAAAGCGGUCGUUUCGGCGAUUCGCAAGAUUUCAACGCUCUUAUCUCCGCUGUGCGCGAUCAUGGGGAUUACUACCUAGUGUCGGAUGACUUCCAGUCGUACAUCGAUACCCAGAAGAUGGUCGAUGAAGAGUAUCGCAAUCAGGAUGAGUGGGUUGGUAAGACUAUUCGUAGUGUCGCGCGCAUGGGCUUUUUUAGCUCGGAUAGGUGUAUUAAUGAGUAUGCUGAGGGUAUUUGGAAUGCGGAGCCUUUGGCGGUGGAGAGUGGCUAG